AUGAAAAUUUAAAUUGUUAGCCAGAUUAUAUCAGUAUUACCGAUGUAUAAUCAAUUUGACUUUGCGUUUUCUAGUAAAUCAACAAGUCUUUUUCGAAUUAGUAUAUAAAAUGUAAAACUUACAAACUAAAUACAGCAAAAUUACAUUCCAAAGCUUUGCGAUAAGAUUGGCAAUUUUAAACCAGACCAUAAACCUAUCUUAAAUCAAAUAUCUUGUCUUUACUCUAAUGCUGUCAAUUAUAGAGACUGCAAGAAAUAAUAUCACGGUCUCAUUGGUCCCAUUAAUGUUUAUAUCGACAAGAAAUUGCCACCUGUAGCUAAAACUAGUUACACUCAAAAUUUUAUCACAAAAAAAUAUGAAAAACAAGAUCCUAUCAUCCAAAAAUAAUUGUACUCCAUAUCUCACUAUCUCUAGAGAUCCAUUCCAGAAUCCUCAAAAACCUUGAUUCGAGAUACUACACAAAAUUCUAUUUUGGUUACCCGAAAAGAUAAUACAUCCACUAAACAUUUAGUUUAUAGAAAAAGAAACAAUCCCAUCAACGCUUUAAAUGGGUCUUAAAUUCUUAUUCAAAAUUAGUAAUUUUUAGUCUAUCUUAUAAGUGUAGUAUUCUAAAUUUAUUGA